UACAAAGUCUACGCUGGUGGGCGCUUUCCCUCGCCUGCCCGGCUUGCCUUGGGCCCGGGUCCUCCUGCCGGCGAGUGACGCUCUAGGCUGCGUCCGCCCGCUCGCUGCUCCCAGCGUCCCCGGCCGGAGCUGGACUUGGGGAGAAGGGGCGGCGGCGGCCACUCUGCUCCCCCCGCUGCUGACGGCUCCCUCCGCGCCUGGACAACGCCGCAGGUACGGAAUAAUCUCCCCUCUCUGCCCCCGGCCAGCCUGCGCGGUAUCCCUAGGCCAGGCUCUCGGCCAGGUCCCGGGUCACCCCCUCACCUCCCCAGGACAGCAAGCCUCCCCCCCCCCCCCGCACCUGCCGUAUCUCCUCCACAGCCCAGAAUUUAUUCCCAUUAUUCAUUACUAUUAUUACCCUCCUUUUCAAGUCAUGGCCCCAUACAUGGGCACCUCGUACGCCUGUUUUCCUCGUGUGCUCCCCUGCAGCCUCUCAGGGGUCGCCUCCCCCCAAUAAUCUCCCUCCUCCCUUCACCGUCUAUCUCCCAGGGUUUGCAUCCUUUUUCAUGGUUUCUCUUCACCUCUCAGCCAUUGCACUAUUAUUGCCAAGCAAAUAACAGUCAAGCAAACACCGUUCCCUCGCAUGCAAGUGAUGAAUCACUGUAGUCGGUGUGCUACCCUGUAACUCACUCUCUGUGACGCUGCUCUCACCCUGCGUCCCUGGUUGUGUGAACGCGUCUGGAGGGUUUUUCCUGCUUUCCCGGACUAAACACUGAAGGCAGUUGCUGGAGCCCUUUUUUUGCAUAGCAGGAGUACAUUUCCCAGCCCUGCCCAGCAGAAGGGUGGCACUUAGGAUGUUCUGCAUCUUUCUUCCUUGUCAAUCGCCUUGGCUUGCUUUGGCUUUUUAUAUUUCUUUUCACUCAUCUCUUGUGUAUUGCUGCCUUUUUCACAAAUGCUUUAUCGUCGGAUGUCAGGACCGACAUUGGAUGCUGAGCCAGAUCCUUGGGUUAGCGGUGCUUUCGUUGACUGGCAGUUGCUCUCUAGGAUUUGGAACUAGUUAAGCAUGCUAAUUUUUCAAUGUUUAUCAAGAAGCAAGUCCUUUUAAGACAUCACAAAGUUUGCAUACAGCUGCUCCAUGUAUAGUGGGAAGGGAAGCUAACCUGUGAUGGUUCAGGAGCUCUGAAGAAGCAGAAAAGAACAAAAGGGUUUCCAAAAAAGGUAUGGCUCACCGUGCAAUCCUAUGCAUAGCUACAUACUCUUAGUGAAUUCAAUGGGACUUACACCUAGGUAGGUUUAUAUUGGAUUGUUUUGGAUUGGAAUGAUACAAGUGGUACCAUUUUCCAUUUAUAUCUGUAUUUCUAAAUAUAGCGGCACUUUUGGGAAACUUGCCUUGAUAACUGUGAUGAGUGCAUUACAGGUGCUAAGUAGUGCAAAGGCCAUUGGCUAAAAGCAAUAAAUAUGACUGACAGUCAUAUCCUAGGCUCAGAAUAAUUUAUGCAAAUUAGUCAGAUUUCAGGGGUCAGUCUUCCAAAUGAUUUCUAUUUUUUGUCAAGGGUUUUGGUGGCAAUAAAGCAGGAAGGGAGGGGAACCAAGACUGGGCGGCAGUAGAAUUGGGGUGCAGGUAAAGUAUCCAGAGAGUUGUCCAGGGCCCAGAAACUCUGUUACUUUGAUAAGCAGAAACUUCACUUAUUAUUAUUUUAAUGGGCAAAACUAGAUUUGAACGGUAUAAAAAAUAAGCCACUUGUACAUUGCUGAAAACCAUUGACUUGGAACCAAUUGGAGUUCUCUGUGAGGUGGUUUUAAAAAAGAGAGUUGUGUAUCUUUCAGCCAUGGCUUUAAUGGGAAUGUAGUUCUGAUUUAUAACAUGUGCAAAUUGAAACUGUACAUGUAAUGCUACUCUUAGUGUCCAGUAGAUACAACCAACAUAGUUUCCAAAUUUUCCUUGGAGCCAUGAGGGUUUUAAACAAAGCCACUGCUUUGAUUCUCAACUCCAUUUUUUGCAGUAGCUAACCAUUAAAUCAUCAAAUUGUAAUGUUGGGAGGGACUCUGAGGGUUAUCUUGUCCAACCUCCUGCAAUGCAGGAAUCUCAACUAAAGCAUCCGCAACAGAUGACCAUCCAACCUUUUAAAAAUGUCCAAAGAAGGAGAGCCCACCACCUUCUGAGAGACUCCGUUCCACUGUCGAACAGCUCUUACCAUCAGAAUGUUCUUCCUGAUGUUUAGUCAGAAUCUCCUUUCUUGUAACUUGAAUCCAUUGGUUUGGGACCUAUCCUCCAGAAAACAAGCUUGCUUCAUAGUCCAUGUGACAGCCUUUAGAUGUUAGAUAACCAAUUCUGUAAUCUUACAAACCCAGAAGAACCCUGAGUAUAUCCUUCGCUUGUGGUCUGCUUGAGAGCCAUAUAAUUAUUUGAAAUUAUCAUUAGUUCAGUGCUAGUGAACUUUAUCUGCUUUCACUUUUUGCAAAUACAACCAGUGAAACAAGAAAAGGUGGUUCAGUUAGCUAUUCAGGUGUCAAAAGCAAAUGUGAUGUCUUGACAUCAGUGUUUGUUUGUGUAUAGGCUGCUGGGAUCUUCAGUUGAUAGAGGGAGCAGUUGUCGCAGGGUUGUUGUUGUUUAGUCGUUUAGUCGUGUCCGACUCUUCGUGACCCCAUGGACCAGAGCACGCCAGGCACUCCUGUCUUCCACUGCCUCCUGCAGUUUGGUCAAACUCAUGCUGGUAGCUUCGAGAACACUGUCCAACCAUCUCGUCCUCUGUCGUCCCCUUCUCCUUGUGCCCUCAAUCUUUCCCAACAUCAGGGUCUUUUCCAGGGAGUCUUCUCUUCUCAUGAGGUGGCCAAAGUAUUGGAGCCUCAGCUUCACAAUCUGUCCUUCCAGUGAGCACUCAGGGCUGAUUUCCUUAAGAAUGGAUAGGUUUGAUCUUCAGGUGAAUAUUGAAAGAUGUAUUCAGGAAUUGAAAUAGGUAGCAAAUAAAACACUUAAUUUCACUACCAUAGAUCAACUGACUUUAAGAUGUAUUUUACAUCAUUUAUUUUCUGAAAAGGAUUCAUUUAUAUAUUCAGGACAGAUUGUCUGUCAAAAAAGAAAUUCUUCUCCCACUGGGGGGAUGGGAAGUGUCCCCCCCCCCAGAAGUUCCUGGGGAGCAUUUUGAGAGUGGGAUGGCUCCUCCCAUCUUGCAAACCAUGGCUAAGGAAACUGGUUUUUGUUAGUGCAUUGUAGCAUGGAACCAUGGUUAAUGCUGGGAAGGAAAUAAGGAAAUUGUUUGCAGGAAACAAAUGUUAAUUAUCUACAAGACUGAAGUGUUUGAAGACAGUUUUUAACUGUAUCUUAAAAUGAGCAAGGAACUUUGUUGGGUGCUAGACACAUAACUGUUGCAUACAAGUUCCAUAAUACAAAUUUAUGUUUGAAUAUACUACUGUUUUGACUGAUGAGACCUGCUUGUGUUGUUUUUUUUUUUAAAUGAUAUUUAUUAAAGUUUCAAAGAAAAGAUUACAUAGAUAAAAAGAAAAGAAAAAGAAAAAGAAAUCAAAAAGAAAAAAUACAAAAUACAGAAAAAAGAUAAAAAAACACUUAAAAAAAAACACAUCGAUCUUUCCAUAACUUACAUUUCAUUACCUUACUUCCCUGACUUCCUCACACCUCCCUUUUUUGUAUUUCCGUUCUAUUAGUUAAUUCAGCAAUUCCUUUCCCUCUUUGUUUUUGUCUUAAUCCUUUAACUUAAUAUAUUAUAACUUUGAAUUCUCAUCUGUUAACAAUCCAUUUUUACAUACACCUUUAUAACAUUGCUGCUAAGACCACUUAAUUUCAUUCUGACAUCAUUCUAACAUUCAUUAAUUUUGUAGUAUUUCUGUAAAUAAUCUUUAAAUUUCUUCCAAUCUUCUUCCACCGACUCUUCUCCCUGGUUUCAGAUUCUGCCAGUCAUUUCCACCAGUUCCAUAUAGUCCACCACCUUCAUCUGCCAUUCUUCCAGAGUGGGUAAAUCUUGUGUCUUCCAAUACUUUGCAAUAAGUAUUCUUGCUGCUGUUGUAGCAUACAUAAAGAAAAUUCUGUCCUUCUUUGGCACCAAUUGGCCGACCAUGCCCAGGAGAAAGGCCUCUGGUUUCUUCAAGAAGGUAUAUUUAUAUACCUUUUUCAUUUCAUUAUAGAUCAUCUCCCAGAAAGCCUUAAUCCUUGGGCAAGUCCACCAAAGGUGAAAGAAUGUACCUUCAGUCUCUUUACAUUUCCAACAUUUAUUAUCGGGCAAGUGAUAGAUUUUUGCAAGCUUGACUGGUGUCAUGUACCACCUGUAUAUCAUUUUCAUAAUAUUCUCUCUUAAGGCAUUACAUGCCGUAAACUUCAUACCUGUGGUCCAUAACUGUUCCCAGUCAGCCAUCAUUAUGUUAUGUCCAACAUCUUGUGCCCACUUAAUCAUAGCAGAUUUCACCGUUUCAUCCUGAGUAUUCCAUUUCAACAGCAAGUUAUACAUCUUUGAUAAAAUCUUAGUUUUGGGUUCUAACAGUUCUGUUUCUAAUUUUGAUUUUUCCACCUGGAAGCCUAUUUUCUUGUCCAAAUUGUAUGCCUCCAUUAUCUGAUAAUAAUGAAGCCAAUCUCGCACUUUGUUUUUUAGUUUCUCAAAACUCUGCAGUUUCAAUCUAUCGAGACCUGCUUGUGUUGUUGCCAGGUCCCCUCUCAUUACUCCACUGGGCAGUUGACAGCCUUUUAAUCCUAAAUAUAAAUUGGGAACUUUGAAAUACAGUGGAACCUCAGUUUUCGAAUAUCUUGGCUGCUGAAUGUUUCGGAAGCUGAACGCCGAAAACACAGAAGUGAAUUCUUCCGUUUUCAAGCACGCCUCGGAAAUUGAAUGGCUUCUGAGGCAUGUUUCUCAUUUCCCCCCAUUCACUUUGCUGACAGCUCUUUAUUCCUCAGUUUGUGAACAUUUUGGAAGUCGAACGGUCUUCUGGAAUGGAUUAAGUUCGAAAACCGAGGUUCCACUCUAUAUAGAUUGCCCAGCAUUUACACACCUGAGUGCUUAGUGCGGAUCACUGUCUGUUUUGUUUCCUGUACGUUGUUUGCCUUCAGGUAUGCUGCUCUAUAUUAGAAAUUUGAUUUACUUUUUAUAGGAAUAUGCAUUACAGAUUUACAUUCUCUAAGACUGGUAGAUCAUUAAUUUUCUUUAGAUUAAGACCAGCUUUUCAUUUUGAUCCUGGUUGUACACACACACACACACACACACACACACACACAUUGUGAAAGCCUGUUAUACUUUAAAUUUCAUUUUAAUUUUCACUUAAAACCUACUUGAUAUGCUUUGUAUGUUGUUGUGUUAAGAUAAUUUUACAGCAGGCUUUAUGUCUGAGGCAAGUUUCCAUAUAUUAAUUAACAUGAUGACAGAGAAAAGGGAAGUGUAUCAUUCUGAAGGCACUUCCUGUUGCAUAGGUUGAGCUCUGUUACGAUGCAAUGGUAACUCUUUCCUGUGCAGAUCCCUUGGGAAAUAGCUGCCAGUAGAACAAUUUUAAAGUAGCAAUCACCUGUAAAUAUUUUGUGCUGAAGCAACUUAGAGGUUUAAAUAAAAAGUAACAUUUUGAUACGUUUUAUCAGCUUUCAGUUGUGACGCCACAUCCCUUGAUGUUUUUAGCGAUGAAUCGGCUAAUUUUUUUCAGUAGAGUUGAUAAUGUUUCACUUGAAAUUCAUUAGCAUGUCACAACCCUACUUUUCCUCCUUACAUGCUAGGUUGAGACUGGUGCGCUUUGUACAUGACGCCACUGUGAAAAUAUUCUGAGUCAUGUUCAGGGUAUAACCUGAAGAACUUCUCUGUAAGAUACAGUAGUGAUGUUUGUUGUAUAUUAAUUGGUUACAGAAUGUUUGGCACUUCAUGCCUGUGCAAAGGAAAUAUAAUUUACAGCCAAGCCAGAGGCAGCAGGAAAAACAGCCAACAAAAACAUGGAAGACAGGUGAGCUUCCAGAGGAUGGAAAAAGGCAGGCACUAUUCCUGAUGAUAAACCAAGACACUUAAUUUUCAUCUUAAUUUUUUGUAAUUAAUCAUUUUACUGAGAGCAGGAGGAGUUUUCAGUCACGGUCAGGAAGUGGAGCAAAUCACUCAAGGAAUUUCUGGAAUCCAGAGCAUUAGGGAAUUCUAAAACUCUGGUUGAUAAAAAUGAUCUUAUGAUCCUCUUUAGACCUCAGGUGUGUUGUAAUUUCUUGAAUGACUAAGUUGGCUUGUCUACAUUUUCUCACUUUUACUAAUUUGCUUUGCUGAAAUCCCAUUGCUCGUUUAUUAAAAAUUACCCACCAUAUUCCACACUAGUCUGUGUGUAUUUCUUACUUCUCAGUUCUAAUUGGCUUAUGGCUUUCAAACUUUCUGCCUGGUUGAAAUGCUUCCCACAUCAACCUCUCUGCCAAGGAACACCUGCACAGGAUUUUGGGAAGCUUUGUGAGAGGGACAAACUCAGUUCAUAAGGGACACUGGAGAAGACUAUUAGACCUCAAGGUUGCCCCAUGAACUGUGCGUGUGCCCUUAAAGACACCCAGCACAUUACAAGGGGAAAUCAGUAGUAAUGGGAAGGAAGUUUUUCUGUCACUACUGGUCUUUUCCAUUGCAAGAACUCCUGAUACACUUCUUAGGAACCUCCGUUGUCCCCCAAAACGUGUUUGAAAAACCACUGCUUUGUGCGAAGGUCAUUCAAAAGUAUGUGUUAUCUGAGCUUUAGACCAUCUACUAACUUAUUUUAUACAAAUACUGGGCCAAAAUUAUGUGUGUAUACCCCAUAUUUUAAAUGAACGAUACACAAAUCAUCUGGGUGGUGUUAACCCAUCUGAGUAAAGGCUAUUGCCUAUAAGGAUUAAAAAGUUAAAGGGACACCUGACCGUUAGGUCCAGUCGCGGACGACUCGGGGGUUGCGGUGCUCAUCUCGCUUUACUGGCCGAGGGAGCCGGCGUACAGCUUCCGGGUCAUAUGGCCAGCAUGACAAAGCCGCUUCUGGCGAACCAGACCAGUGCACGGAAAUGCCGUUUACCUUUCAGCCGGAGUGGUACCUAUUUAUCUACUUGCACUUUGAUAUGCUUUCGAACUGCUAGGUUGGCAGGAGCAGGGACCGAACAACAGGAGAUCACCCUGUCACGGGGAUUACUUCUGCAAUAACUGCUUGAUAUAUGGGUGUGGGCCAACCUCUAUGGAAGGUGUUCAGCUGCAGCUUGGCUGCCUGAGACAUGUAAAUGAAGGAAGCCACAACUUAAGAUCUAUUAGCAGAAUUCUGUAUAUGUCUACUCAGAAGUCCCAUUGAGUUCAGUGGGGCUUACUCCCAUGUCAGUGAGUAUAGGAUUACAUUCUAAAUUGCCUAAAUAUGAGGCAAUCAUGUUUUCAGGGUUGAGUGCAUUUUAAAGUAGCAAUUGAAAAUUUCACUUUUAUCAAGUAUCCGUGUCCAAAUGGAUACAAGAAAAAUGUAUUUUAUAUUAUUUAUAGUCUCUAAAUUAGUUAGAUCUCCUUUAAUCAGUCAACAUGGUCCAAUAGUAGUUUUAUUCAAAACACUGAUUUGUCAGAAGAGGAAGAGAAAUACUAAUUGCAAAAAAACGAGCUGACAUUAUGCUGUAAAUUGUUGUACUCAACUAUGUUGAGAAUGCUAUCCAAAUAAAAAUGCAUGUGAAAAAUACCACUAGCUUUUAGCCCCAACCCCCAGUCAUAACCCAGACAGUUAAAACUAAAAUAGACAAUCCUUAGGGCACAAAGGUUUAGUCACUGGAAGGGCACCCCAAGAGCCGUAGGUUUUUGUGGAUAGUCCUAUCUGUGGCCAGAGAGAGGUCUGCCCUUGGAAGUUCCCUUCCAGCCUUCACAAAAAGGACCACUGCCAAUGCCUUUUACUGACAGUGGAGAAGGCAUGAACAGUUUUUUCUUUUUUUGGGGGGGGGAAUCAAAGGAUGCUGACGGAUCCAAAACCCUUCUGGUACCCCUGAGGAGGUGGGGAAGAAUGCCAGCCCUGGCAUUGGCAUAUAUAUUUCUCUCUCCUCCGACCACCCAGCUUCUACCCUGACUGGUGUGAGACCAGUAAAACUCUGCACAGACCUGCCCUCAUUGAAUUGCUUUGUCUGUAACUAUUAGAAGCCAAAGUGAUGCCUCGAAUGCACUUGUACAGAGAACAAGGUGUCUGCUCCUAAAUGGCAUCUGAACGUAUGAACAAACCCUGCCUGAUAGAACAAAAUGGAGCACAACAUCAUUUCACUCUGGAUUCCUGGGUCAUUUUCCAAAGGCAAUUUCUUUUCUUGCUUUUAUGCAAAGGGUCAUAGUGAGAAACUGAAUUAAGGCUAGAACAUAGUAAAGGUGAAAGUGAUACUGUUGCCAAUCCAAGCGUUCAUUUUAGGGUGAAUUGCUAUCCAUCGUAUUCUGAUAGAUGAACUUUUAAAAGUGAUGACAAACCUUACUGAUACAAUUUUACUUUACAGUAAAUAAUAAGCAACCCUUAAAAAUUGUGAUAACAAAUAAUGCAAAUUCUGAAUGCGGCAUUCUUUUAAAUAUUCUUUCUGUUUCUCUUGAUUCCGUUCUCUGUAUCAGGUGAAGGAUGGCACAGUUCCUCUGAAGCUGUAGGCAACGUCUUGACAUCCUGGUUACCAUGACACCCAGUAGAGGACUGUGGGGGGAAAGUGGGAAUUCCUCCCCUCCCCUUAAAUGCUACUAAUGGCCAUGGCUGGGUAAGGAUUAAGCAAGGCAUUAAGAUUCCAGAGCUUUAUUUCCUCAUUUAUGUUUCAUCUCUGAAAUCCUACCCUAAGGUUUGACAGUACUCAUGGAAUAAUUCUCAUGGAAUAAUUCUAAAUAUAGAAAGCAAUUAAAUUGUCCCCAAAUGGUUGUGCCAUUGUUUUGGUCUUUUCCUUAGCAUGGAUGGAAUACGAACAUUCCUCAAUUUGAAAAUAAUCACACUUGCGAAACACAAAUUCCCUUGCAGCCACUCUGUGAUGCUGCACACAUGGAGUGACAUUAAUUCUGAAAUGUUUCCAAGGUUUGGCAGAAGGGAGGUGGCUUGUGUUUUGCUUUUCUUCAAGCUGUGUUUGGAGGGCUGGAAAUCUUUUUCUCCUUCCAUUCUAGGAUUUGCCCAGUGUGCUGACAUCAUGGGGAGUUGCUGUAGCUGCCCAUGCAGAGACAGUGUUCCAGAUCACCACCCCACCAAGUUUAAGGUAACAUGCUUAUUCAUCCUAUUCAAAGUGUUCUACCACUAGAAUUAUUCAAAGUUAGUUAAGGCACACAAAACUUCAUGCCGUCAAGGCAUUAAAGUAGUUAAGAGCAGCCAUUUCUACAAAGGAGACAAUAGAAACCCUUCUGUAGUUUUGCAUUGCUACCCCUUGAGUUUGGAAAGGUUCCUGUUCUAUGUGUGUUUUAUUUGGUAGUAGUGCAGAGCUCAUGCCAUUCAGCUUCCCAGUUAAGUUGCCUCUUAGUAGAUAAUAAAAAGCAAGGAAAGCUAUCUUGGUCCAUAAGAAAAAUACACCCCAACACACAUUUGGCUUACUAUCUAGCCUAAUGAAGAGUUAUGAAGAAUCUGAAAGCUUGCUCGCUGUUUUGUGACAUUUUAGUUGAACCUCACUCUGGCUCUUGAAAUUACUUAUGAGAUCAGUCACUUUAAUGGCUCAUUCCACUCAGUAGUUUUAGUUAUUAGGCCAGUGUUGGGUAGUAAGUCUUGGGUUAGCUUGUAAUAGGGAUAUAGCUUGAGUACAAGUAUAGCCAUUAAUAGAGGCAGGAGUCUCUUGGGGUAUAGAAUAACAACUCUUGUGCCUAAAAUCUUGUUGUGGACUGGGCUAGCAGCCUCCAGGUACAUUGGACUGACUGGUAUAUUUCCCUGACAGCAAAGUCAUCCCAAAAGAAUUUCACCAUUCUACAAGAGCCAAAGUAAUUGUAUCAAGGAGAUAUUGUUGGGACUGUGUUUUGCUAUGCAGACACAACCUGUUUGAAUAUUGUUUUAUAUGGUAUUUGUUCUGCCCACUAAGGUGCUAUUUGGCAUAAUGCCUGGAGCUCCUGACGACAGGUUUUGGUGUUUCUGCAGGUGACAAAUGUUGACGAUGAGGGCAACGAGCUGGGCUCGGGGAUUAUGGAGUUGACACAGAGGGAGCUUGUUUUGCACACACACAAACGUGAUGCUGUUCGGUGGCCAUACCUCUGCUUGCGACGCUAUGGCUAUGACUCCAACCUCUUCUCCUUUGAGAGUGGGCGCCGCUGCCUGACUGGACAGGGUAUGUGCAUUUCUCAGCAGGGACAGUGGCUUCAAAAUGUUCUUGCUACAGAAGGCUAGGCAGUUGGGAUAACAGCGAAUUUCUCUCCUCAUGGCAUGCUGUAAAUCUGAUCCUUGUGCAGAAACCAUUCUCUCCUCCUGUAAUAUACAGGGCAAAUUUUCAGUACCACCUUCUGCUAAAUGUUGAUUAUGAUCAUUUGUGGAUACAGUGAGACUCGGGACUUUGGGAUCUGUGCUUUGCUAAACUGUGAGGUCGCUCAGAUCGUUCAGUUACUGGCAUUCUGAUAGCAGUUAUACAACUUUUAAAAUAUGUCUGAUAAUUGGAUAUUUUUAAAUUUUAAAUUUACUAUUAAAUGGAUAAUAGUGAGACAGUCAGUUAAGUUUUAAUAUAAUUGAAAGCUGACACCAUAUCAUAAGAAGAUCAAUUCUGCCCUGCUGGGUCAUAUCAAAGGUCCAUCUCUAGUCUCCAUAGGCGCCCAGCCAAUAUUUUUGUAGUAAUAGAAAUUAGAAGGGAAAAUGGUCACUAGCAGAGUGCAUAACCCCUGCUGCAAUAUCCCUUGAUAUUCCUUGAGAACCACAUGCAAGGGUCUCUUAAGAUAUGCUUUAGAUACAUGACCAAUCCAAACCAAGUUCUCCUGAGUAGCCAUGAUUGGCAAGUGCUAUUGAAACCAUGGUUUGAACCUCUGUUUUAACUAAGGAAACGACUUGUUUUUGUGGUUUGUGUUAAUGCACAUGCUAUAUCAGGGCCAUCUUUAGCAUAUGUGGUGUCGGGGUGCAAAGAUCCGCCCAGCAUCCCCAAAUUACCAUAUUUUCCCGUGUAUUAGAUGAGGUCGUCCUAUACACGGAUAGUGUGUGGUUGGCGGGCGCAUCUGGUUGGCGGGCGCACAACUCUCUCCCAUGGCGCUGCGGGAGGAAAGCGUUUCCUGCAGAGGCUUGUGCACCCACCAGCCAUCUGGCGCCCCCCAGAAUUCGGCACCGGGGUGCCCUUCACCCCUUGCACCCCCGGGUAAAAACGGCCCUGUGCAAUAUGAUACUAUGGGCUAUGUGGGGGAAGGGCAGGGAUGAUGGUUGACUGGGGUGGAUCGUGCUGUGGUUACUCUGGCUUUCUCCCAGCUUGCAAACCAUGGUUUGUUCAGGUGCCAACUUCGGUUUGUGCCAGCAAUUUGUGUCUGCAUUACCCAAUACAUAAUGAUGAAUCACAAAAAAUGUUCAAAGUGCUGUAGUUAGAAAGCCAGGUUUCAUAUUCACAGGCUGUAGGCCCUGCUGUUUCCUUGGACCUCUCUACACAAGUGUGUGCUUUUGGACUUAUUUGCAUUUCCCUUCUUUUCUUUAUUCCCCUUCAAGUUUUGUUUUUUUAAAACAACAAAAACAACAACAAUAAUUUUUUCUUUUCUUUGCACGAUCCUUGCCUUUAUGCUGGGAACAAUAAGGCAGAAACAGAGUAGGAGUUAUUUGGGUUUUGUUUUUUCGAAAACCGAGAACAUAUUCCUUCAGAAUAGCAGCUGUUGUUGCCAUGCUCUUGUCCUGGUUGCUAUGGUUUUUUUGUGCGUGUUUGUGCGUGCCGAUGUCCAAUUGGUUAACUCAGUAUAGUCAGACAAUUGAUAGAAAUAUUUAUGGGGGAAGGGGAGGUGUUGGCAGUUUGAUAUACCAUAAAAAUGGGGGUCCCUCCCAUUCGUGUACCCAUUUCAGUUCAUGCUGGUCAAUAAGAAGUCAAUGAGAAUGAUCUGGUGGAAAGGAUAUAACUCCAAAACUGAGCUGGCAAAUGAAAUGGAAAAUGGCAUGUUUUGCUGUUCAUGCCUUACCUCUGCUAUUACAGGCUUACCGUGCCCAGCACAAGCCUUAUUUUGCUACUUCUUUACUCGUUCUCUCUUUGUCACCUUUUGUCUCCCUCUUUUUAACUGGGAUAUAGAAAGGGGCAGGAUGAGUGGAUAAGAGAAGGGAUGGAAUUGUUGAGAAAAAAUAUAUUUCAAUUUUUCAUCAAAACUUUUUAGGAAGACAUCCACCACCCUAACAUUAUAAUAAAAUGCCUCAUUUAUGCCAACAGUUCUGGAUUGUGCUCUGAUCGCGAAGAGAAUUCUCGCUUUCUGUGGCAGAGGAAUGUGUUUAAACAGGUUCAAUGUAUUCUUCACUGUCAGAAUAGUGUAACAAGCUGGUCAGACCAUGACUUCCCCUCCCCACCUUUUUCUGUCUGUCUCUGUAGCUGUAAAUAGCUGCCUGCAGAGAAAAAUGUACAGCAUUCAAGGAGCUUCAACGACAAAAACCAGCCUUGUCUCUCAUAUGAAGUGUUCUUUCUUCGUUUUGCAAAUAGCGUGCUUGCAGAUUUUCAGAAGGCUGUGCUCUGGUGGCCUCAGCAUGCAAACAUCAGGCUGGUGACAAGGAGCAGGACUUUUUCAAUGCCUCUGGAACUCUCUCCUCAAGGACAUUGGUCUGCAGUAAUGGACAACACAGAGGGGGCAUGCCAUUUACCCAACCUUUCUCCAUCUGAGUCGCUGCUGGGAUGAAAAUGGGGAGGGGCAAAGUGGCUGCAAGGUUGGUGUGGUGCAAAUCCAGUGCUCCUGCUGACUUGUUUGCACCACUCCAACCUCAUUGCCACCUUGCGCCUCCUUUUCUCUGUCCCCCAAUUUGCAGCAGCAAUUUGGCUGGAGGGAGGUAAGGUAGAUGAUGCAGCUCCACUGUGCUGUCCACUACUACCUACCUGGCCUCCUUGAAUUUACUCUUUAGGCAAGUGAACAGUGGAAUCAUAACUAUUUUUAAAGGACUUUGGUUAAUUUUAAUGUUGCUAGUUUUCUUUUCUUGGAUUAGUCAAUGGUAUUUGAUUUUAAUUUUUAUGUGUUUUUAUUAUAUAGAGACACUAUUCUAAACAACUUUUAUAUUAUUUAUGCAAUGACAACAUAUAAAUAUAUUCAUAAAUAAAUAAGAUUUUAAUUGAUUUACAGGUACAUUAUAGCAGGGGUGUGCUGAUGUCAAAUUUGUCAGAUCUACUUUGCUUUUUUCUAAAACCAUAAGAUCUCCCAUCUAGAGCCGGUAGCAAAAGACACAUUAUUAGAACAACAUGCCUCUGAUCACAUUCUGAGUGUAAGGAUCUUCUAUCACACCAGAACUAAACUGAGCACCUUUUAACAUAAAAGUCAAAUCCUGGUUCUCUUUCUUCAUUUCAGCUGCCUAAUUUAGGUUGGGAAUCAGAAACCUCUUUUGAUCUACUGUAGAUCACCCCAAAAUCUACCAGUACAUCCUGAUCUACCUUCUGCCUGCAUGGUGUAGUGGUUAAGAGCGGUAGACUUGUAAUCUGGGGAACCGGGUUCGCGUCUCCCCUCCUCCACAUGCAGCUGCUGGGUGACCUUGGGCUAGUCACACUUCUCUGAAGUCUCUCAGCCCCACUCACCUCACAGAGUGUUUGUUAUGGGGGAGGAAGGGAAAUGAGAUUGUUAGCUGCUUUGAGACUCCUUAGGGUAGUGAUAAAACGGGAUAUCAAAUCCAAACUCCUCCUUCUCCUUCUUUAUAUUGCUUUUUUAUGCUGUAAGAUAUCUAGGGGGCCUAGCUUCAGGCCCAAGGAUAGGGUUAUAUAUUUAAGUAAGUAAAUAUAUUUACUUAAUAGCCAUGUUAUGGCAUGCCCUAAUGGCUCUUCUAAGACAAGAUGCCUUUUCAAUCUCAGGUGUUUCGAUUUUGAUUUGCAGUUUAAUCCAGAUGACUCUAUCCAUUUGGUUCCUACGAUUCUUUUAUUAAUUCCUAUUAAAUCAGUUCCCCCACCACCAACCCUGCCUAACUCUUAGCACUGGCAUACGUGCCAGUAAAUUUCAUUGCAUUAUGUAAGUAUCUUCCGUGUGGAGACCCAGUCUGCAUGGCAUUAAAACAAAUCUUCCUCUUUUCUCCAACACUCUUGAUAAUUUGCCUAGGAAUUUUUGCAUUCAAGUGCUCAAGAGCAGAGGAGAUUUUCAACUUGCUGCAGGAACUGAUGCAGUGUAACAGCAUCAAUGUGGUGGAAGAGCCUGUUGUCAUCACAAGGAACAGUCAUGCUGCUGAACUGGAACUGCCCCGGACACCCCAGACACCCAAUAGUAAGGUCAUCUCUCAAUUUGUCAGACAGGGGAGUGGGGGUGUAGAGUUGUGUACUAGCUUUAUGGCAUCAACCACAGUUUGUUCCAGUGAGCAGGGAGGUGGAAUAUUUGUAUGAGGCCAAACUGGCUUUUUCAAGCCUUCCAGUAGGGCCUGUGAAAGGCCCAAGAGUGUCCCUGCCUUUUGUACAAUCCCCAGGGGAUUUGGCACGAUCAGUGUUUGGUUGGAGCUCAGCCGUUCCACUGUAAAGAGCUUAUAGCUGAGGCCAGAAGGCCAGUAUACCAGAACCUAGUCUUCUGGUGGGCAUUGCUGCAAUGCUAGCUACCAUAUACUGGGAAGGUGAAGCAGUGAAGCGUAUGCCAUGGUGCAAGUGCACUAGCGGAGCCAAUCCAGUUCUCUUAUUAUUUUGCUUGCACGAUGCCAACAUGCUUCCCCCUCUCCCUUUCCCUCUUGGUAAGCAGCAAUAACACACCUGUCAGGAAGGUAGCUUUGCGACUCUGCCCUACCAGGCAAGCUGUUUCUGCAGUCUACUUCUCCAGUGUAGCCCUAGCACUUGUGCCCAUAUGUCCUGUAUGGUAUGCUUACUGUAAUGUCUUAAGUUUUGUGCUCCCUUGUUUCCAAGGCAACUAUUUAAAACAGCAGUUGUCAGAUCGUGUUUUGAACUUCACUGCAAUUUCCAUCAGAAUCCAUCCAAGCUACUGUAGAAAGCUUGCCUGGAAUCUUUAGAUUCUUGAUGUCUGUAUUGGGUUGAGAAAGAAAGUUUUGCUCUGUGCUUGGAUUUGGCUUAGGAAUUUCUACAUCUCUACGUUUUGCCACAGGUAGCCAUAUGGUUUGGUUUAUAAGCAAUAUCCUUACAGUGGAGACCAUCACUGAUCGAUCUACUUCUGCUAGCCUUUUGCUUGUUUAUAUUUUGCAAAUGUGUACAGGAUAUUAUCUAAGGCUAGUUUGGAAGCUCUGCUAGAUGUGCUCAUGCUCUAAGGCUGAUCUCCUCAUCUUUCUCCAGCUCUCGGAUAUACAGUUCCAGGGUUUCCCAACGGAUUCCACAGCUUCCCUGUGGAGGCCCCAUCCUGCCCUGCUGCCAGACACGCCUCCAUGAGCAGCCUAAGGCAUUCCUCAGUUGGCGAGGACUCCACACAUGCCCUCAUUGUCCCUGAUGAGCAAGUAAGUUCUCCUUAUGGUCAAGGUGGUUGGAGGCUCUGGUGCAAUUCCGAAAAUAGGGCCCACCUGCCCCCGCAAAAGGAAUGCAAGGAAUAAGGUAGCUCAAAAUAAGUCAUGUGGUAUUUUAAAGACUAAUGCAUUUAUUACGGCAAAAGCUUUCGCAGACUAAAAAAAUAACUUGUGGAGUUUCUCAGCUCUCAGCAAAACCCAAACAUUAUUUUUUUUCCCAAGCUUGAUAAACAAAAAUAAAAUACUCUGAACAUGUGCAGUCUCACAUUUUAAGUGCACUAAACACAUCAUUGUUUUUGCUUACUUCCUGCCUUGAGCCAGUCAUCUAUUCUCAGCCUUACCUAUAUCACAUAGCUGUUAUGAAGAUAUAGAAGGUGGCAAAAGGAGACACUGUACUUGUAUCACAGGCAUCAAACUUUGGUUCCUUUCAACCAGAGUGAUUUAUCUUUAUACUAUAACCGGCUGUAUUUUUUCUGCCUCCCUGCCUGACUAUUUCAUGAUAAGAUGCAUGAGUCCUACCUGGAUUCAUUUGUAAAUUGUGAAUUCAUUAAUUCUGUGUUCACAGUGAGUAGUGCAAGGUGAAUGAAAAUACAAAGAAAAAUAGAAGUUAAAUCAAGGAUUUAAAAAAUAAUAAUGAGAAUUUUGAUUAGUUGAGCUGUGUGAUGAAAACGAAAAUGAACAACCCUUUCUGCUUUGUGGGAAUUAAAUCUAAACCUUUGUAGUCAUUUAUGUAUAAGCUAGUACGAUCCUAGGCAUAUUUACUCAGAAGUAAGCCUUGCCGUGUUAAACAGGACUAAUUCCAUAAUAAGUGUAUUUAGGAUUGCAACUUUCUAAUCAAGUUUACCUUCACUUUUGAAGGUAGUCAUUUUAAGCUUAGUACGUGGUAAGUUGCUUCAGGGAGGUCUCAUGCCACCUAAUGGCAGAGAUAGGGAACUUGUGGCCCUGCCGAUGUGGUUGGACUACAACUGCCACUAUUGAUCAGGCGGGCUGGGACUGAUGGGAGUUGGAGCCAACAUCAUCUAGAGCAGCCUUUCUCAACCUGUGGGUCCCCAAAUGUUGUUGAACUACAACCCCCAUCACCCCUAGCUAGCAAGGGCAGAGCUCAGGGAUGAUGGGAGUUGUAGUCCAACAACAUCUGGGGGCCCACACGUUGAGAACCACUGAUCUAGAGGCUACAGGUUCUCAAUCUCUGCUUUAUGCUUACUUUGCCUCUCAGACCCAUUACUGCAAGUCCCUCCUCUUCUGAAAGCAGACUCUCCUCCAGCCAUGUCAACACCUCCAGGUGUAUGUAUAGGUUUGCUGGCAGUUGUUCUCCUCUUUGCCACCUCCUCAUCCAUCUUCUCUCCUUGCAGUCCCACACCUAUGUGAACACAACCAGCGGUGAGGAGGAGAUGAGGGGCCGCCACUGCAUGCACUCCUUGCCUGAAGUCCACCCUCCUGUUUCCCAUCCCAGCCAUAGCUGCUCGCUAGAGGACCGGAACCCCCAGGUUUACUUACAGCCAGGGGAGGUGAAGUUCAUGUUGGGUCCUGCCCCUGGGUACAGGCACAUGAUGAAAUGCGACGGCUUCUGCCGGCCCCACUGGGAGUGCGCAGGGCAUAUGUGCACCCCCAACAACAACAACAACGAGUGCAAAGACGAAUGCCUCACCCCCAAGUACGUGUACGAGAACAUCAACGGCCUCCUGCCGUCCCGAGGUGCCUUGCUUCGCCGGGGCACCAGGCGCUUGAAAAUUGCCCGUGAGGAUCUGAACCCCCCCGGCUGCUCUCACCGCCGGGCCACCCUGCUGCACUACGAGAACCUGCCUUCGCUGCCGCCCGUGUGGGAGUGCCAGCCGCUAAGGCAGGACCAGGAGGAGGAGGAGGACUCUGGCGAUGCAAUGACGCCUUCCCCUAACGGUUACCCGGAACUCGAGGAAGACGACCCUUUGCAAAACUACAUGAACUCGGAAAGCGCUGUGCUGCAGGGGGGCUUGCGCAGGGGGGGCUGCUUGCAGCGGCGCCGCAGCUGCACGCCCAACGUCUUCAAUUUUGAUUUCCGCCGGCCCUGCUCAGAACAGCCGAGGCAGCUCAACUACAUCCAGGUGGAACUGGAGGACGACCCCCACAAAGGGUGCCGGAGCACCCCGGUCCCCUGUGCCUCACGUUCUGCCGCCCACCCAGCCCGCAGGACGGAUUCCUAUGCGGUCAUUGACCUCAAAAAGACAGCAGCCAUGUCCAGCCUGCAGAGGGCGCUGCCUCGGGACGACGGGACUUCCAGGAAAACGCGGCAUAACAGCACUGACCUGCCCCUCUAGGAGGAACGGCCGACCUGAGCACCGCAUUGUGGCUUCACACCGGCUCUUCAACUAAUCAUCGCAUCAUUGCCAUUUUCCCAUUGCUCCUCCUGUUUCCCAGUGCGACUCACUGGGAUGGCUCCAUCAAGCUAAUUUGAGAAAUGUAGCCUAUUUGUGCCUCUUCCCAGCCCCCCCAUUUCUCCUGCCGUGUAGUUCUUGAAGUCUUGCCAAGUGUUUGAAAACUUGACUUGUUUGAUAGCAGGGAGGGGGGAGCAUUAGUGAUCAGUGCUACUUGUUCUCCCCUCCCCUGCCCCUUUAUAUAGGAAUCAUGUUUGGAAAGCCUUCCCGUUUUCAUUGGAUCCUCUUGAGGAUCCUGCUGACAGAAUGUGGGGUUUUUAUGUAAAGCAAAGGAAUAUUUGUGGAGGAAGAAACACCUCCAAAAAAAGGUAGGGCAUGAGGGCUAGAAAGUUUAUACCUUUUUAUUUUUGAACGAAUGCAGAAAUAUAUUUAUUUUUUAAAUCCAUGUUAAUUUUAUUUAUUCAUUUAUUUAUUUUUCUGGGAGGUGGGGUCUCCCUUUUAUUUAUUUACUUAUUUAUUUAAUUUAUUUAUUUAUGUAUGUCAAGAGUUGAAGUGCCAAGUAAAUAUAGAGUAUAAUGACUUUGUAGUUCAUUCCUCUUUUGUGACAGUGGGGAUGGGGGAGGUCGUGUGAGGAGGAUUGCACCCCCCCCAUGCCAAUUGAAGGCCAAAUAGUGGCAGUAAGGAAGGAAGGGAUUUAGUUUAGCGGACUAGCACAGCUCCUCUGCAGAAGUUUGGAAAUGAACGCAAGGAUGGUCCUAGCACCAUGUACUUACAAAGUUGGCUCCACAUGCCGACAAAUCUGAUCUCGUAGCUCAAGUUCCUUUCUUCUUAUUGGGUGUAAUACACAUCUCUCCACCAUUGCAGCAAAAAAGAACCGUGGGACUGUAAAUUGCCAACCCCUAACAAAGCCCCGGGACGCGGGUGGCAUUGUGGGUUAAACCACUGAGCCUAGAACUUGCCGAUCAGAAGGUCGGCGGUUCGAAUUCCCGCGACGGAGUGAGCUCCCGUUGCUCGGUCCCUGCUCCUGCCAACCUAGCAGUUUGAAAGCACGUCAAAGUGCAAGUAGAUAAAUAGGUACCGCUCCGGCGGGAAGGUAAAUGGCAUUUCCGUGUGCUGCUCUGGUUUGCCAGAAGCGGCUUAGUCAUGCUGGCCACAUGACCUAGAAGCUGUACGCCAGCUCCCUCGGCCAAUAAAGCGAGAUGAGCGCUGCAACCCCAGAGUCGGUCACGACUGGACCUAAUGGUCAGGGGUCCCCUUUACCUUUUACUGACAAAGCCCCUAACAAACUUUUCAACACUGCCUUGCUAGUAGCUCUGCAGAAACUUCCCAAAAGCCAGCCUUCUUAUAGUAGUGCUAGGGAGGGAUGUGGAUUUAGAUGCAGCUCACUCUUUUGCUGGUGUCCUUUGGAACUUCUCUCCCUCCACCACACCUGAUUGUGCCCAUCUUUCAAUUCCAGCAGCCUUACUGACCCCCUCACACUGCUUCUUUGAAUACUUUGGUGGAUCCCAGCCCACCUUUUUUGGAUAAUCGGAGUCUAAAUAGAGCUUUUUGCAUAACUUUAUUGACAAGCACGGCUUUGUUUCACUGUGACUGCCAGGGCUGGUUUAGACUAAAAAUAACCCUACAGUAGGGAAUGUGAUUGUGGCCAUUUCUUUUUGCUGCUGCAGUUCUUCCCCCAGAGGUGGCUUUUCCGGAGAUAACUGCAGCACCUUACAGUCCUGAGAAGCUGUUCAGCUUUAUGGACUUUGUGGCCCUGAAGCCAUUGGGAAAGCUCAGUAUGUCUGAAGCCACUGGGAAAGUUCAGUAAGCUAAACAAGAAGGUAUUUUAGAACUUCUGGAAGCUGCUUCAUGGGUACUUUUUCUUAACUAUUGGAUUGCAGACCACUAUUCUGAGUUGUUUCUUUUUUGUCAGUCCCCAUAUUUUCAUAUUCAGAGGGAAGGGCCCUUAGCUCAGUGGUAGAGCUCAUCCCUUGCAAAGCAUCAGUCUGUGGCAUCUUCAGGUCGGGCUGAGAAAGGUUUUGAGAGCCGAUACUGGCAAGUCCGAGCCAGAUAGACUGAUGGUCUGAUGGUAUACAGCUGUUUCCCAUGCUCUUAUAUCCUACAGCUUCCCUGUGGGAGGCUGUGUGAAAAGCUUAUAAAUUUAGGCCUGUGCACACACUGCUGUUUCCUCUGGCUCCAGUGCACUCCAUGUGGCGUUAGCCACAUUGCACAUGCAUCCUGUGCUUUCCCAAGAAAUGCCUCUGUUUGAUGUGUUUCUCUUCAAAUCAUCUUCCACCCAAUUUGGUUUAAGCUGAGAUGUGCACAGUUCAGACAGCCGUUGCGCAUGCGCAGAAGACAGCACGUGCGCAGAUGACUGCUUCCUGGAAUAGGAGCCCAGAGGGGUUGCAGGCAUAGGGAAAAACAAAUCAAGCACCACACAUUGGGUGAUGGCACUCCUGCCGCUGCUCUGGUGUGUACAGGAAGUGUAAAGGCAACUUGAAAUGCAGCAGGGGAAAGCCACUUUGCUGUGUCUUAAGCUGCUCCUGCCUACGGACCCUCUUGCUCCAUACAAGCUAUUGUUCCCCUGCUCACUCCCCUUUGAACACCUUGUCUUUCCCACCUCUGUGUGAAUACAGCCAGUGAAAAUGUUUGUCAGUCACUGUACUGGGAUUCGAAACUGAUUCUAAUAUCGCAGCUGCCACGUGAGAGGUCACCUUGGAAGGCUUGCAUGGGGCGGCUGCUCCACGUGGCUUCAGCAGGGCAGAUGACCGCAGUGGCGAUGCCCAGUCUUCAGGAUUCCCCCCCUUGUUGCAUCCAUUGCGGUCUCGUGGACCACAGUUUAAGAACCACAGGUGUAGGGGGAAGGGGAUCCCACAAUUAAGGUGGACAGUCUAGUCAAGAAGCUGCUUGGAUUUAUCUUAAAGAUAACAAUGGAAUGCAGAGAUGGAUGUGCUAAAUUGAGAGUCUGGAUGGAUGUGCUAAUUUUAAAGAGAGUCUAAAAUUGAUCUUAUAAAUAUUGAUAUUAUAAAAAUGGAUCUUUAGAGCCCGAACCGAGAUUUCUUUCUGGUGACAAGAGUAAAACAGCAUGAAGAAGAGUUGCAAAUAAGUUUUCUUUUUUUUCUAAAAACAUUUCAGUGCAAAGUUUGUUUUUCAGGCAAAGGGCCAUCAGUAGCCAUUCUUCUUACCUCAUUUUGUACUGUUUCACUAUUGAAUAUCGUAUGAGAAAGUGAACAAGCAACCAAAGUGAGAUCUGUGAGUUUUGUUGUUGGGGGAAGACUAGGUACAUGCUCUGCAUGCCCUUUCAAUAGUCUUUCUUCUUACCUUAUUUUGUACGAGGUUUUUUUGUUUUUAAAAUAAAGUUGUAGGGGAAUCUGAUUACCUCUAGCAUCAUUAAAGCAGGUGUAACUUUUAGUAUUGAUUGCCCUAUAGAGACAGACUGAAUCAGUUGCAGUGAAACAAGCAGAGGGCUGCCACCUAGUGUUGUCUUUCAGAAGUGUAUGUCCCUUUGUCAUCAACUCUUCCCAUAGUCUGCCUGUUAAUUUUUUAGUAGAUCUACAAGCACUCUUUGCACAGCCACUGACCCAAUGGAACGUGGUGCUCUUUCAAUCUUUUUGACCAGAAGUGCUGGGGUGCCACUUUCUCCCUUGACAAAAGCUCAUUAAUAGGUCCAUGAUGGGCACAAAUUCAACAGGUGCAGCUUUCCCCGUUAUAGAGAUGAGUGAUGGAGAAAGCUACACAUCUGGGAUAGCUGCCUGCUGUAGACCUAUUUGGGACAGACUUUCCUCCAUCACAAAAAAGAGGCUGGGGUGGGGGAAGGAUGAUAAUUUUAAAAAGAGUCUAAAAUUGAUCUUAUAAAUAUUGAUAUUAUAAAAAUGGAUCUUAAAUAAUUGUAAUUUUCCCAGCCACAUGUGGGACCUUUCUACUCUUCCUCAUAAGCCUGGAGCUUUUAAUGAAAACUCAUGGAUAAUCUAUUUAAUAUAAAUAAGGAAAACGAAAGUCCAAGGUGCUUCAGUUCAGCCCUUGAUCAACUUCCACAGCAUGAAACCAGAUACAUUUGGUUCUAGUAGUAGGCCUCAUCAAGUCCAGCUUAUGACAAGAAAAUAUUUUCUUUGUUUCCUAAUCAUUUUUGUGUUGGUUUUCAUGCAGUGGGUUGUCUUUGACCUUUUGAUUUGCACAUACUUGCCUUGCUUUUAAACAGCCAUUGACAAAAUGUGGCUCAAGGGUGCAAGUGGAGCUUAUUUUCUCUCAUUUGUUACAUGUGCCAUGCUAGCCUUAAUUAAUAAAGCAAAUGGAAGAAAAAGGCCUUUUUUUCUUUUGUAAACCAGCUGCUGUGCUGCCCCAUCUCUGGAUAUAAGGUGCUCAGCAUCCCAAGUGGAUAUCUACCUGCUUUUAAAGCUCUAUCUGGUGCUAUGAGAAAGACAAUUAAGUUCAACACAAUGCUUUGGUCAACCACCAAGGCAAUGUCCUGUUCUGGCCUAACUUGGAUCGCCACGUUCCCCUCACCCUGCAGAAACCCCAUGCUUUUAGCAACAGUGUGUUAGGCAAUCUCCCUCCCCAUAGUAUAGCUUUUAUUUGCAUGGCCAAUGUAGAAAGCUGUCAUUAUUUAUUGCCUCCCACACAACUGGUAAAUGCACUGAGUCUCCCUGUGUCAGGUGGGAUGAGUGGGGAGGGAAAGUAAAAUGGCAACCUUAGACUACCUAUGGGUUUAUGACUUCUGUGAUCUCAUCCCCAUGUUAGUCUGUAUAGUCUGCAUCAACUUUGUCUCAUAGUGGGGAAACAAUAAUCUGUAUCCUAAGGGGAUCUCCCAGCUUGCUGUUUUUCAAACUUUUCUUAGCCUUUUAGCUUCCGGAACAUCUUAAGAUGUUUAUCCCCAAAUCCCUUGGGUAGUAAAAAUCAGCAUUUAAAAGAGGAGCCUUAGUAGGUAAGUUUGCUUACCAUUACAAUGUCCACACCAUUUCUCAUGAGGCUGGAGCAGGAACUACAAGUUGUGAAGCUGAGUAAUGGUGGUACCUACUCACUUCAUAGAGGUAUUAUGAAGAUUAACUGGUGUUUACAAAGGGUUUGAGUGACAUAAGUGCCAAGCAAGAAUCGUUACGACUGAAGUUAGUUUGUAUGUCAAAUGUAAUCUCUGGUUGGUUGUGACUUUAGUUUUGCAGCCAGUGUGAAAGGGCUGUCCACAUACCUCUUAAUUCCCAAUAUACUUGCCAUUGCUCCAUAAUGAGUGUAUCUGUACUGUUGCUUGGGGAGUCAUCUUGUCCUUUGUGGAAGAAAGGGUGACUAUUCUUUAUUUGCAUUCGUAACUUUUCUUAACAUUUGCCCCCAACUAUUUUGCUUAUAUUUUCGCGUGGCUUGUUGACACUUUCUUUAAUUGCUGGAUUGCAUAAAAGCAGAUUGGCACUGUCUUUUUAACAGCUGUGCCAAUGACACAAGGUGCCAUUUUCUCUCAUUCUAGUGGCAAGACAACCUGCAUCUGCUAGUAUUUUUGCUGAUGUGCAGGCAGUAAAGGUACAGGUGUUCUAUUUCCUAGGGAUUGUGGCCACCUCAUCACGGUGUCCUCUCAGGAACUUUAACCUCUGAACUUCUGUGAAAAUAUGCUAAAUUCCUACAGCUACUUUAGGAGAAAGAAUCUAAACAAUUAGCUAAGGAAGUUACGAGAUUGGCAUAUGCGAGCCAGUGACUAGGAUGAGUGAGGGGAUAGAUUAGGGAGGAAUCUGGUUACAUAAAGGGGAUACCAUUUCCUCUGCAAGUGAUUCAUUUUGAAAAACCCAGCUUUAACUAGGCAGAUCUCAAGCUUUUACCCUGUGCAGUUUUCUUCAUAGUUAACUAGUACUGAUGUCUUUGCUGACUAUCUGAUGUGGCAGGAAAGCAAAGGCACUUGGGGAUGCCCAGCUGCUCUGGCCACAAAAGCUGCUCUGUGGUUUCUUUCUUCACUGGUUCCUGCUCUGUAUCCUCCGUUCAUUCUCUCUUUGUAUCUCAUCCGAUCGUAUCCUUCAAAGCAAAUAGCAUUAGCAGUGCCAUGUGAUUGAGGAGCGCUCGUGUCUUAUUUUAAUGUGCACUACGAAUGUAUCCAAAAUAAAUGAAAUCUGAUUACUAUC